GAGGUUCCAGCCACCGGCUCCGCUCUGGGGCGGUCACGUAAGCCAGCCGCGGAGCGCUGCACCCCGGGCACUGUAGUCCCGUCGCCGCAAAGCCUGCCGGGCCUUGUAGUCCUUGGCACGACCUGAGCUGGACGCUCGCCGCGCUCCGGAGGGGCGCCUCAUCCCGCCUCCGCUCUUGCUCCGAGCGACAGCCACCUCAGCCAAUCGUGAGCUGACGCCCGGCCUGUCCGGCACUCGGGGCGGGAGGGAGUCGAGCGCGGGGGGCGGUGCCCGCGCUCGCCGGAGGGCGCCGAGAUCACUAUGAAAGCCCUGUAUUGUCAGCAGAAUUCAUCUGGAGAGGAAAUGACAUUUGUCUUCCAGGAAAGAGAAAACCUUCCUCCUACAAGAGAAAAUGACGUGAAAAUACAAGUUAGAGCCUGUGCACUGAGCUGGAUAGAUACAAAGCUUUUGUCAGAAAUUAAAUUGGAGAAGGAACUCUUACCUGUUGGUCGAGAAGUUUCUGGAGUUGUGCUGGAAGUUGGAAGGAAGGUGUCCUUUUUUCAGCCAGAUGAUGAAGUAGUGGGAAUUUUGCCCCUGGAUUCUGAAGAGUCUGGUCUUUGUGAAGUUAUUCUAGUUCAUGAGCAUUAUUUGGUUCGUAAACCAGAAAAAGUUUGUUGGGUUGAAGCAGCAGGGACUGUUCGUGAUGGUGUCAGAGCAUAUACAGCCUUACACUACCUUUCCCAAGUCUCUCCUGGAAAAACUGUACUUAUAAUGGAUGGAGCAAGUCCAUUUGGUACAAUAGCAAUUCAGUUAGCACAGCACAGAGGAGCUAAAGUAAUCUCUACUGCGCAGAGUCUUGAAGAUAAGCAGUACCUGGAGAGGCUUAGACCUCCUGUGGGUACACGGCAGCCUUUAGUAGCUCGAGUGAUUGAUGUGUCAAAUGGAAAGAUAGAUGUGGCAGAAAGCUGCUUGGAAGAAACAGGUGGCCUAGGGGUGGAUAUUGUUCUAGAUGCUGGAGUGAGAACAUAUAAUAAUGAAGAUGAAUCAACAUUAAAACCACAGCUGCUGCCUCAUAAGCAUGAUAUCAUUACACUUCUGGGUGUUGGUGGACACUGGAUAACUACAGAAAAAAAUCUUCAGCUGGAUCCUCCAGAUACCUGUUCCCUGUUUCUUAAAGGAGCAACAGUCUCUUUUCUGAAUGAUGAGAUAUGGAACUUGUCAAAUAUACAGCAAGGGAAGUAUCUUUGCAUCUUAGAAGAUAUAAUGGAAAAAUUAGCAAGUAACAUUUUCAGGCCUCAGCUGGAUGAACCGAUCCCAUUGUAUGAAGCCAAAGUUUCUAUGGAAAUAGUUCAGAAGAAUCAAGCAAGAAAAAGACAAGUUAUCCAGUUCUGACACACAAUUUCCUGAUUUCUAAGCCUGUGGAAGAUGAAGAAACAUAAUGUGUUUGAGAAGUAAAUUAGUGUACAUUUUCAAAUAGUUCUGUAACCAGAACUUAAUCUUUUGUACAUCUGCAUAAAUGGUCUGUGAAGCUUCUGAGACUUCAGGGUUUUUUGGAUCCAACUGAAUAGAGCAUUUCCAUCAGCAACUUCUAAGAAGACAGUCUUAACACAAAAAUCUCAUCUGUCCCUGGCCCAAUGACAAAUACUGGUAACAUCUUCAGGCAACCUCAGUUGCUGUUGUUCUCCCACCAAAAGAAAUUAAAGGAAAAACUUUUUGGUGUUGCAUAUUAGUUCUCCCUUCUCCAUCCUCCCACAGGUAGUCACCUCUAUAUUCACUGUUUGAGGCUGAGCACUCUGUAGUAUAGUAAGUCUUUAAUCUGCCUUUAAAAUUGUUUUUGUUGUUUAAUUGAGAAACAGGGUGGCAAAGCCAUCAUAAAGAGCAAGGAUGCUGGAGGGGAAGGAUAUGGCACUGACAAUAAGGGUUUUCCCCCUCCACCACUGACUUUGUUUCUUCCUUUUAGCAAGCAGAGGUGUGGUAAACCUGACUUAGUAUCUAUAGUCCCUAAGUUGACACAAUCAUGCCUUUUUAAUGUAUCUUCAGUUAGGACAGACACGAAUAAACCCUGAACAUGAUCUUAUUUUAA